AUGAGUUACUACAGAUCAGAACUGUGCGCUACGAAACCAUCAGAUCUUCUUGUUCAAAGCGGCUGGGCAAUGGCAGAACGAACUUUUAUUGCAAACGCAACUGAAGUAACAGAAGUUACAAUUCAACCAACCGUCAAUUUAACCAUCAAUGAUGUAAAACAGCUGUUUAAAACUUCAAUUCAAAGCAUUUGGUCCAACGAUUCACGAGGGGGCACAUAUUCGUCAAAGCAUCUAAAACUGGAGGAUACUAUCUUUGCUGCGUUCAUCUUUGAGGGCUUUAUAUUAAGCACUUCCAGAAACCGGCUGCACGUUACAAAUCCCGAAUUGAUUGAUGUCGAUGAAGAUCUGUACUUUCGACUUAGAUGCAAUGUCCUCCAGAGAGAAGACUUUCUGUUUAAUGGAAACAAUCGGGGGAACUUUAUUAAGAUUCCCUCAGCUAAUCUCGAUCGAGACUCCAUAGUACUUGGGAUCGAAGACUACAAUCUUUAUAAGCUUUUAUCAAACUAUUCAGCUGACGCUGAGGGAGACAACGAAACAGAGAUACUUGACAGUGUAAUUUUGUCCGCUGUAAUAGACCCUCCGCCUAAGGUUCUUAAAGAAAACGUUACAUUGGUUUUUAAGAACAUGCAGGUGAAUCGUAAAAAAAGAACAUGUGUAUUCUGGAACUUCUCUAAAGAAAACUUUGGGAGUUGGUCAAGUGAAGGAUGUCAAACAAAGAUGAUAUCUAAUCACUAUACUGAAUGUGUUUGCAAUCAUCUAACCCACUUCGCUGUGCUCAUGAAAUUCGCCGACAAUGCUGACGACAGGAAGCACGACAAAAUACUGACGCUCCUCACUCGAGUAGGGAUGGCUCUAUCUCUCACGGGAGUCAUACUCACAAUUAUCAGCUAUCUUCAGCUCACAGACAGAAAUUCACCUUUAUGUCACAUACGGGUUAGUCUGACUUCCUGCAUUGGAGCAGGACACAUUAUCUUUUUCGCUGGUAUCGACUCCACUGGAAACCAGGCUGCUUGUGUAGCUGUGGCAGCUCUUAUGCAGUAUUUCCUGAUGGCCAGUUUUUGCUGGAUGCUUGUCGAGGGGAUUUAUAUCUACUUAUUUGUUAUAAAGGUUUACAACAUUACCGAUAAAAUGCAUCGCUAUCAUGGCUUUUGCUGGGGACUGCCUGCAAUCAUGGUUGCUAUAUCUCUGGGCAUCUCUGCAGGAAAUGACGGAAUCAAAACUUUUGUCAAUGACGAAGACUGCUGGAUGUCCUCCUCUACCAAUAUCAUCUGGAUAUUUGUUUCCCUUGUUGGACUGAUCGCAAUUAUUAACAUGAUGAUCCUCGUGCGAGUUAUCAAGGAAUUAACAACAAUCCAACAGGUGAAGGAGAGCCAAACUGAGCAGAUCAGGCUUGGCGUCCGUGCAUGCGUGGUGUUAGCUCCGUUGCUGGGUGUCACCUGGCUAAUUGGCUUCCUUGUGCCGUUACACAUCGCCUUCUCCUACAUUUUUGUAAUCCUUAAUUCCACUCAGGGAUUCUUCAUUUUCUUCUUUCACUGCUUGGGAAAUAGCGAGAUAAGGGGGCGUUUCAAAAGAAGAGUCCAAAAAAUCCACCCAAGUGCAUUUAAUCAAAGGCAAGGUGAAGACAGAGAAAACUCUCAAGCCCGUCAGAGUCACAAUGAUACUGGAAUUCCUGUACGGGAUCGAGAGUAA